AUGGGUUAUACACAUCGGGACAAUGCGCAAUUCGAUCGAGCAAAGUGGAGGAAGAGGAUACUUCUACCGUGCUGGGCUGUCCAGAUCUUAAUUUUGCUAGGAAUGAUGGGUUUAUUUUCCUACCGACUUUCUAGGACGUUGAAAACGUGGCGAGAUCAACAAGCUCAAAACGACGAUCCUACAGUGGAGUUCGUAUGGGAAACGGUCAACGUUUCAUUUUCGUUCAUUUCCCUUGUCAUAGUAUUUGUUUCGAUAGCGAAGUUUAUUGCCGAGGUGUUGACACCGCUGCCGUUGCUAUUUGGGAACAUCAUAAACCUAGCUCUUACAUCUGCUGUUCUAGCACUUGAUGUUGUGGUUUAUGUUAAGUAUGCCGACAGGCGAUACUCGUUGAUUGGAUUGGUUAUGGACUGUAUCCUCAUGUUCUUUACGAUUAUCCCUACGUUCUACUCGGUCAUCAUCUACCGUCGACUAUUGAGUUAUGACGACUAUCAUAUCCCCGGCAAUAUCAAGCCUUAUGGCUAUGCUACUUCUGAGGAACCCGAAGAUACAGCAUACCGAUCGUCGUGGCUUGAACCUCCCGUGCCGUAUGAUCCAACAAAUCCUUCCGUGACCGUAACUCGGCCACGAUCGCUAUCUGCCGCCAGUCGCCGUAUCUCUUUGGCACUUAGUAGCCACCCUCCUUCACCACAACCGACUCCGCCUGCGGUAGAGCCGAUGAUGGAGCGCCACAAGGAGCGCCACAUGAGCUACGAUCAUAAGCGUGAUACGAAAUUUGACGAAUAUGUACGGCACCGGUCAAGCUCGUAUACUAAAGCUGAUGUAGAACGGGUACUGGGAGUCGAGUUUGGCUGGGAGGAUACUAGCGAUCAACGGGACAGUGUGAUCAGCUCAGGGGCGGUACCCGUAUUGCAGUCGAGACCUAGGGGGGAUUCGCUAUCUAUAAGACAGGCGAGCAUGCAGGCGAGCCUUAGUAGAACUGGUAGCAGUAGUACUACGACCACUACGACCACUACUACCACAAUUUCCAUAGCAUCAUUAGAUGCGCAGAUUGCAACGGCAAGGGCGCAUAGUCUAAACAGCGUACCAGAAGCCCAUGAGGAAGAUGUAGGCGCCGGGAUGGGAGGAAACAAGAUUGGAGAGAGCCGAGAGGCGUUGCUAAAUGGUGACAGGAUAUCGCGAUCCAGCUCAGGGGCCAGCAGGCGUAGUCUAGGGAGAAUUGAGCAGGUUGAAGGGUUGGAAGUGGUGGAACUUGAGAGUGGAAAGCGGAUGAGACAGCUAUGA